GGGCAGGGAGCCCCGGGGCCGGCAGGUGUCGGCCCUGCUCGCCCCGCCGGCCGCCGGGGAAGCGCCAUGCCCGCUCCGUGUCCGCGCCGGGUUUUGCACCUUGUCCCCGGGCCUGCCUCUCGGCCCGGAGGAGCCGCCGCGGUGUUUACUGAGCGCUCCUGUCCUGAUAUCACUCCGCUGGCAUGGAGGAGGAGGAGGUGGAGGAGGAGAGCAUUUGAUCAUUGUGAUGGUGGCAGGAGGAGCGGCAGCCAGCACGGCACAGCAAAGCGCUAGGCUGUAUCAGCUCGGCGUUUGGCAGAGACUUCAGAGCGAUACUUUUUUUUUUUUCCUUCUUUUUUUAUUUAUUUUUUUUUCUCCAGCUCGGUCCGGAUUGUUCAUGUGUUUACUUCCCCCAGCCCGAGGAUUUGCUAUUUAGGUUCCUGUUGAAAUGCAACUGAGCAGCCAAAGUACUUUGCGAACACGGUGCGGCAUAAACACCAAAACUUUUUUCCAGAAGGAAAAUACAAUAAGCAAGCGGCUUUGCCUGUCUUUUGAUGCCGCGGAGUGCGAGUGAGUGUGCCGUGUGUGCCCAGCGUGUGCCUGUGCUCGGAUGUGUGUGUGCGAACGUGCGUGUGAAGGGCUGCGUGUGGAUGCGUGUGCAUGUGGAGGGGCGCGUGUUUCUCCUUAUCCAUGGGGAGAGAAGGCUUUUGGCAAAAUCUCCGGAAAUCUCAUGGAAUCUGUUUUGAAAUAAUGGAUUAUAAAAAAGAAAGAGGAGGAAAGGAGCUGGUCUGAUAUCUCCUGGAGUUUGCGAACCCAAAUUGCUGCCGCUUAGUUUGUUGUGCUUUGUGUGUGUGUGUUUGUUGGUUGUGUUGCUGGCGAUAACCUUUUAGCACCUUCUCUAUUUCCCUCCCCCCUUCCCUCUCUCUUUUUAAUGUUUUGGAGCUUCUCGAGAGGGAUUGGCUGGGGGAAAAGAGAAACAUUUGCUUGGGAUCGCUGUUUCCCUGAUACAUGAUGGUGCCCCCUUCCCCCCCCUCCCCGGUUCUCUAAAAAGUAUCCCAUCAGGACCCCAGAGGAGACUGUGUGUGCGAAGCGUAGGAUAAAAAGUUCUUCCAAAAUAGUGUGCGCGGGGCCGAGGAUGGGGGAUUUCGCAGCCCCCGCUGCCGCCGCGAACGGCAGCAGUAUUUGCAUCAACAAUAACCUGAACAGCAGCCUCGGCGGGGCCGGGAUCGGGGUGAGCGGCGCUCCCCACGGCCCUCCCGCCGCCGCCGGUAACAAUACCGCGAGCAGCGGCGGCGUUCCCAAGCACAGCACGGUGGUGGAGCGGCUGAGGCAGCGCAUCGAGGGCUGCCGGCGGCACCAUGUCAACUGCGAGAGCAGGUACCAGCAAGCCCAGGCGGAGCAGCUGGAGCUGGAGCGCAGGGACACGGUGAGCCUCUACCAGCGGACCCUGGAGCAGAGGGCCAAGAAAACGGGCAGCGGCGGCAGCAAGCAGCAGCAGCAGCAGCACCAGAGCAAGCAGCAGCAAGAUGCUGAGCCCGCCGCGGCGGAGCAGAGGAACCACACGCUGAUCAUGCUUCAAGAGACAGUCAAAAGGAAGUUGGAAGGAGCACGUUCACCUCUCAAUGGAGAGCAGCAGAACGGAGUUUGUGAUGGGAAGUUUUCUCCAACCAGUAAGCGGACACGAAAGGAUGUGCCAGGCAUUGAGGCAAUCAACAGCUUGCCCAUCAACUUGCCCUUGCCUGCUGUUUCUCCCCUUCACCAGCUUGACAUGAAAGCUCCCCUGCCCCUGCAGAACAGUGGAACUCACAGGAGUGGUCUGGAGGACUUGGGUGAAAAUGGUGGGCUCUCCGAGAUAAAGCUCCCUGUUAAUGGCUGCAACGAGCUGGAUGAGAGUUUUAACAUCCUGCAGAACAAGGAACUAAAGCAGGAGCCUCUGGAUGACUCCAACUGCAUAGACACCUCUGAAACAUCCCUUUCAAAUCAGAACAAGCUCUUCUCAGACAUUAACCUAAACGACCAGGAGUGGCAGGAGCUCAUAGAUGAGCUGGCAAACACCGUCCCUGAGGAUGAUAUCCAGGAUUUGUUCAACGAAGACUUUGAAGAGAAGAAGGAGCCCGAAUUUGCCAGGCCUGCCACAGAGACUCAGGAGAGUGCGAGCGUGAAAAGCGACCCAUCCCAUUCUCCAUUCGCCCACGUCCCAUUGGGCUCUCCCCAGGUCAGACCAUCCUCUUCUGGCCCUCCGUUCUCCAACAUCUCCACAGGCUCCAGCAUUGCCUCUGCAUCCAGCGCUCCACCAGCCCCAGUCCCUGCUGGCUCACCAGCAAACUGUGUUGUGCAGUCCCCUCAGACUCCCAGCCAGGCGCACACUCCGGGACAGACGCCGGCGCGCUCCGGGAACAGCUUCCUGAUGAACCCGGCUGGAUCAGCGCCCGGGCCAGUGACCCUGCCCGGUGCUGAGCUGUCCCCAGCCGAGCAGCUCAAGCAGAUGGCAGCCCAGCAGCAGCAGAGAGCCAAGCUCAUGCAGCAGAAGCAGCAGCAGCAGCACCCAAAUCAGCCCUCAAGCUGGUCACCGGUGGGGCCCCCGUCUAGUCCCUACGGGGGACCCUUCAGUGCAGAGAAACCAAAUAGUCCAAUGAUGUACUCUCAAGCCUUUAACAACCAAAACCCAGUAGUGCCUCCUAUGGCAAACAACCCCCAGAAGACCACACUUAAUAACUACCUCCCUCAAAACCACAUGAACAUGAUCAGUCAGCAGCCAAAUAACUUGGUCACGAACUCCUUGAGCAAACAGCCCAAUAUGCUUUCCUAUGGCAACACCAAACCUCUGACCCAUUUCAACACUGAGCUGAGCCAGAGGAUGACCCCACCAAUGGCAAACCCUGGGAAGAACAGCAUGGUGCCCUACAUGCAGCAGCAGCAGUCCCAGCAGACGCAGGUGCCGGCUCAGAUGGCACACCUGAGCGAGGAGCAGAAGCGCAUGCUCAUCAUGAAGCAGAAGGGAAUGAUCAACCAGCCCGUGGCAUAUGCAGCACUGCCCAGCCUUGGCCAGGAGCACCAGGUGGGACUGUCACGACCCACGGGGCCCAUGCAGCCCUCUGUCCCGGCAGGCUCCGGCAGCAUCGUCACGGGCAGCAGCUCCGGGGGACACUUCCUGGGGAGCCAGCCCCAGGCAGCCAUCAUGAAGCAGAUGCUGAUGGAGCAGAGAGCACAGCUCCAGGUGAUGGAGCAGCAGAAGCAGCAGUUUCUCCGGGAGCACAGGCAGCAGCAGCAGCAGCAGCAGAUCCUAGCAGAGCAGCAGAUGCAGCAGCAGUCACAUUUGCCUCGGCAGCAUCUGCAUCAACAGCGAAGCCCAUACCCAGUGCAACAGGUCAAUCAAUUCCAAGGUUCACCCCAGGACAUAGCGGCCGUGAGGAACCAGGUAGCGCUGCAGAGCAUGAGGACGUCCCGCAUGAUGGCCCAGAACGCCAGCAUGAUGGCCAUGGCUCCGUCGCAGCCCCCGAGCACGCUGCCCAGCACUGCGGGCCAGUCGGACAUGGGCAUGGCUCCUUACAGCAACGCCUCCUCCAGCCAGCCAGGGAUGUACAGCAUGAGCACGGGGAUGAGCCCAGUGCUGCAGCACCCAAACCAAAGCGGCAUGAGCGUGGCGCAGAGCGCGGGCCAGGCGACGCGGCAGCCUGCUUCCGGACAAGCGGUGGCCAUGGUUGGGAAUUUUGGCCAGAGCAUGCUGGUAAGCUCCGCUGUCCCCCAGCACCAGCAGCAGAUGAAAGGAGCUGUGGGCCAGGCCUUGCCGAGGCCGCAGGCGCCACGGCUGCAGAACCUGAUGGGGACCGUCCCUCCGGGAGCGCCGGGCUGGCAGCAGCGAGGCCUGCAGGCCGUGCCCGGCAGGACUAGCGGCGACAUGGCGCCCUUCAACAACGGCAGCGCCUACGCCGUGCCGGCCGGGCAGCCGCGGCUGGGCAAGCACUUCCCGCAGGGACUCGGCCAGCCAGCCGUGGACACGGGGGGCACAGGGAGAGCCCUGAACCCAGCAAUGGGCAGACAGCUGCUGCAGCCACUGCCUGGGCAGCAGGCCAGGCCCGUGGUGGUGCCAGCACUGAGCCAGGGGGUGCCGGCCAUGCCGGGCUUCAGCCAGCCCCCGGCACAGCAAAUGCCAGCUGGAACCUUCGCUCAGAGCGGCCAGGGCCAGGCCUACGAGAGGAACGCCACUCAGGACUUGUCUUACAGCUACAGCAAUGGAGGGGCAGCGGGGUCCUUCUCCAGUUUAGAAGGCACAGACCUUGUGGACUCCAUUAUUAAGAGCGGACCAGGGGAUGAGUGGAUUCAAGAACUGGACGAGUUGUUUGGAAACCCCCAGUGAAUGGGAUUGUGUAGUCUGGAGCUUUGGUUACGUUUUGUUACGUUUGAAGGAGCGAAGAGGGAGUUGGAUGUUCUCCCCAUCCCUGGAUUGUUGGGUUUUGUUUGUCUUGGUUUGGUUUGGGGUAAUUUUGUUUUCUCUCGUUUCUAGUUGUGCAAACCGAGCUGAUCUGUAGCCAACUUUAGAAGAUUCAGGGGAUGAUGAAAACAUCAGCAUCCCAAAACUGUCACCAAGCAAUCCACUCUGUGUGUGUGUGUGUGUGUGUGUGUGUGUGUGUGUGUGAGGCAGAAUGGGGAAACUGGAAAAGCCAGCUGAUGCAUCUGGCUGGGAAAAUUCCUCCUCUUCCCACUUAAAACGAGGUUUCAUUGCACAGUGGUGUGGGGUGGUCCCAAUAUCUUAUACGACUGUGCACACUGCAGCUUUCCAGGGAAGCAGAUGGAAGAGCUGGGAGCAAAGCCUACAGAUAUCCAGGGUGAUUGCACAGGCCCUGGUCAGAAAUGGGCUUAGCCCCGGGGGCAAGCAGGUAUGGGAGAGCCAUGGCCAGGCCAGUGGGGCUGGCUGUGUGGGGUGUCCUGAGGAAAUGCGCAACGCUCACAUGACAAACCUAAACAAUCACAGGGAGGUCACUGUUUUCACUGCAGAGUGAUAAACCCCACUACAAGCACAGGAGAACAUAAAUUUGGUAGUGUUGUGAGGGCAGAUUGAUUAUGUGACUGCUGCUGGAGACAGCCUAGUGGUGGGUAAGCUUAAUGAACUGCUUAGUCCCCUUGGGACUUGAAACAGUGCUUCCCAAGCCAGAGCACUUGGCACAGCCUGGCUGCCUGGGGUGUUGAAGGGCUGAGAGGUACCAAGAGGCAUCACCAGAGUUCCUCAGCUGGUCCCUCCCUCUCCUUUCUCCCCAGGAUGUUCUCAGUUCAUUCCCUUCCCCUCCUGUUCCUCCAGUGUAAAGCAAGCUCAGCUGGCUGCACUCUUUUUUUUUCAGGCAAGCCACAAAGAACCAGGCAGGGGAGGAGAAAACAGGCAUGAGAAAACACACAGUGAGGGUUUGGCACACAGGAAGACUUUCUCCUCCCCUCUGGAAAAGUGCAGGUUUGGCAGGUAGUAUUACCCCAGGGUGUCUGGGCUCUCAAUGUGGUAUGUUCAGUUCUAAAGAUGUUUGGUUUAAGCUCUCUGGUUUGCUAGAAUAAAAUUCACUGCAGUAUUUGAAGAAUGGGAGUCAGUGAAGGACUACUGUAAAGAGCAUUAAUGAGCGGAGAAAAUAAUUGAUAUUACAAACAUGGGGCCUGCCCAAAUAAAGAUUUGGAUAGUAGGGAUCUAUCACUAUAUCCAGUGCUGAGCAGCCUGUGAUGGAGUUGUGACAGAUCUCACACGAAACUGAAGUCACCAGCCAUUCUGAGUGUGCACAGCACGGUUCCCAAACUGCAGUUGGAGGCUUUUUUCUGGAACCUAUUACCUCUUUAGUGUUUUCAGAUGAGAGCUGUUCAUCAAGUUAUAUCGUUGUGCAUAUAAGAAAUGUUAACAUGACCCACAGCCCAGAGCUUUAGCACCCUCUGGCCCAGCACUGGCCUCUGUGAGCCAUGUGCUCUGCAGCAGUGUAGUGCCAGUCCCAGUUCCUGAUCACCUCCUUUUGUGCUGCUCUCUCUGGGCCCAGCCAUGCCAGCUGCUGAGCCCCUGAAUUCCAUGGAGGCUGAGGGCCUUGGCACUUGGCAGUUCCAUGUCCUGCCUUUUCCCUGUGGAGCACAGGCAUGCAUCACAUUAAAGAGGGAGAGCAAAUGAAUCUGGAACCAUCUCAGUGCCCCACCGAGGCUCCCUUUUGAGCAAUUUCCCUUGCUGGGGUUGCCUAGUGGGGGGAGUUACCUGUUCUAAAUGCUGCAAUGCAGCAGGACAAGCUGCAUUUUUAAUGUGCUCGAGGUGAGCACAACAAACCAGCCUGCCCUGGCUGCUACGUUUUUUUAAAUGGCUUUAAUCACAUCUCUUUUAGCUGACCCCUUUAUAAAAUACAGCACAAGGGCCAAUUCCAGCUCCUGCUGAGGAUGGUGAGCAUGGUUAGCAUGCCUGCUGCUUCAGUAGGAGCCAGGUUGGGCCCUAAUUCAGUGAAAGGGAGCACCAGCCAAAGCUUUUGGUUUGUCCUCGGUCAGAAUGGAAGGGAGAGGCAAACACUGGGAGCAGCAGCACCCUGAAGGGACCAGGGUGCUGUGGCUCUGUGUGUGUCAGUGUGAGCAGGAGGCACACACCUGUGUGGCAGAGCUGUGGCAGGGUGGGGAGGCAGCCACCACAGUGCUGGGGACAGCACAGCCCCCAUGCCCUGGGUGGGAGGGAGCGGGGCUCACCUCUCAACACGGAGGUGGGGAAGGGGAGCUUAGAAACACACAUCCACCACACAGCAGCCAGUGCCAGCCAGUGUGCAUGGGGGAGAGACAGGUCUUGAUGAUAUAUGGUGGUGAAGUUGUCUUUGUAAAGCUUCCUCCAAAUACUCCAUACUGGGAUCAAGUACUAGAGAAUAGACUUUAUUAGAUUUGGGUUGAUUUGGGGCUUUUUUUUUUUUUCUCCUUUCUUACUAUGGUGCUGAUGUAUAUGUAAUGUUUAAAAAAAAGUCAUUUGUAAAUAUGUUUUUAC